AUGAGAAAUAAAGAGAAAACACAUUCACUUUUGCGGCACACCAGCGUCCCUACGAUUUCUACUUCACAUCUUUCAAUGACCCAAAGAUCUCCUGAUAAAUCUUCUUCCCCAGGACUUCCAAUUCUGAAAAAGCAAGGCUCCUUAAGAAAGCAAAGCUCUAUUAAAAAACAUGUAAGAAUAUUUUCCUUGGGUAACGAUUAUAACGGACUACUUGACACUGACCGAAAAUCCUUUUUAGAAGAAUUAACAGAAAGAUAUAGAGACGGUUUCACCAAUGAAUUUAAAAAGAAGAACCAGUUUUUUCUGUUCAGUGAAAUAAAGGCGACAACUGGAACCAUUCCAGAGUCAAGAGUAUCUGGGACAAUGGCUUAUGUGAACAGUUUUUUGUAUCUGUAUGGAGGGCAAAGUGUGGAUUAUGGGCACUGCAUGAAAAUUCUUGAUUUUCGAAAGCUUAAAUGAGACCAUAUUUCAUAUGAAAGGUCUAUUGAAAGUCCUGGAUUUAGAAUGGGACAUACAUGUUUAGAAUAUAAAAAUUCUUUGAUUUUAUAUGGAGGAAGAUCAAAAUAUAAUGUUGUUUUAAACCUGAGAGAAUGCUCUCAUUACAUUUACAAAUUCGAUACUGGAAAAUUAUCAUGGGAAGCCAUAAUUCCUGAAGGAAAUGUCAAAGAUGGAAGAAGGAAUCAUGGUGCAGGAAUCUUAGGACAUACGAUGAUUAUAUAUGGAGGAAUCGAUAGCCAUGGCAGAAUUUUAUCUUCAAUUCACUGCUUGGAUCUAGUAGCUUUUAAAUGGUUUAAUAUAGAAAUAGAGACAACUCAUGUUACGCCUGGCCAUCGCCACUCAUUUAGUUUCACACCUGUAUUUUCCUCUGAUAUCUUAAAAAAUCCUCAUUUUGAGAUAUAUGAUAUUCCUUAUUCGACAAGUGACAUUAUCCCUAAAAAGAAAUCAGGCUUUUAUAUUUUUGGAGGGGCAACACUUGCUGAGUCGCCAUCAAACGAUCUAUAUUGUCUAAAAGUUAAAAAGAGAUUAAAACAAGCCAGCUUUAAAUGAGUAAAACUUGAAACAACAGGACAAAGCCCAUCUGCAAGAUCAAACCAUUGCUCAGUCUUUUCAGGAACUCAUUUAUAUCUGAUUGGAGGAAGAAAUGAUACUUUGCAAGUAAGUGAAAAAAUCGAAAUUUAUGCGCUUGAUAUUUUAGAAUUGCGCUGAGAAAACGUAAGUAUUCAAGGAAAUUCUCCAACUAAUAGAUGGGGAGCUUCUGCAAUAGCUAUUGGGACAAAAAUUUUGAUUUUAGGAGGGAUGACAAUAGGUCGAUACUGUAACUCUGAUUUAUAUAUGAUAGAAACCGACCAAGAUUAUGUAGGAGAAGUCAUAAACUCUUAUCAUGAAGAUGAAGAGCCUAACUCCCCCCAUUCCUUGAUCGAACGAUUGACUGUAAAAAUUCCUAAAAAUUGGGAAAAUUAACCUCCAUCCUUGAUCGAACGAUUUUCAUAUCAUGCAAAUUUUUAUAUAUAUAAAAAUAUAUUAGUUAUCAAAAGCUUAGAAAGAUGUGCCUAAUGAAGUUGUUUUUAGAGCUUUGAGACUACAGAAAGCUGCGGAAUCAACCAUCCGAAGUGAUUUAGUCAUCAGCCUAGGCCUAAAAACUCAAUAAUCUAAAAAAUAGAGAUUCUUUAAAAAUUUAAAAAAAAAAUUUAGUUCAAUAAGGAACAAAUUAAAAUUUAUGCAGUUUAAAAGGGUAACUAAGAAAUCAAAAUAUUAAAAAAAUUGGUAUUUUAUGAAAUUAAUUCAUUUUUGCUGUAAAAAUAAUUAUUAAAUACUCUUAACCCUCUUAUUUAAAAGUAAAUAAAAUAUAUAUAUAUAUAUUUUAUUUUAUAUAUAAUUUUUUUUUCCCAAAAAAAUUGUUUUUUGACCCCUGUCCUUCGAUCAAGGAUGGGGGGAUAAGAAAAAAAUUAAAGAGCCAAUUAUCUCUAAUAAAAACAUAAGAAGCAUGGAGCGGCUUUCCAAUAACUUGAAAAAUAUAUUAGCAGCAAGACUUUUAGCAAAUAAAGAUACGUAA